CGUGUCAAUCGACUCCUUUUGUCAUCCCUCGGACAAUGGCCGCAGCAAGAUCGAGUUUCUAAAUUGUGUACACUUACAAGCGCGAUUUUCUUCCUUAUUACUCAAGGAUACUUUCAGGUAGGAGGAAUGAUAGCUGCUUGGUGUGACAAGCCAAUAUUUAUGGAAUCAAUACCGCCUGUGUUGAUAAGCAUCGUGUGCGUUUUCAAAUUUAUCAAUUUCAACUACAAUGCUGAUAAGAUGAGAUCACUCCUCGAGAGCAUCCAAGCCGACUGGAAUACUAUAAAUGAUGAGGAAGAAAUAAAAAUUUUGACAUCUUGGGCCAAGGACAGCAGGAAAAAUGCCAUUAUGUACGCAACCGCGGUCUACGGAUCAAUGGUUCCAUUCAUGUUAGGACCUCUGAUCCCAGUUUUCUGCAAGCUUCUGCCGGAAAGCUUGAUCUCCUCAAACAGCAGCAUCGCCAAUACAAAGCCUGUGAUGUUCCACAUUGAGUACUUGUACGACAUGGACAAAUAUUACAUCCCGCUGGUAGUUCAUUCGUACUUUGGUACCAUGACAUACAUCACUGUGGUAAUUGCAGUCGAUACCAUGUUCAUGGUCUAUGUUCAGCAUGCCUGCGCGAUAUUUGUGAUUGUUGGAAAUAGGUUGGAACAUCUGGUGGACAAUGAUGUAAUUAAUAUCGACAUUAAUCCGCGGAUUUCCAGCGACAAACCUUAUCAGAAUAUGGUCAAGUGUAUUAUUGAGCACAGUAAGGCUCUUGACUAUGCUAAUAUGAUUGAAUCGGCGAUGUCCUUUUCUUUCUUCUUUCAAUUGGGGUUUAAUAUGAUUACUAUCAGUUUUACUGGCUUUCAAGCUAUAACAAAAUUAGAUCGUCCCGACGAAUCUUUUCGAUACGCAACAUUCACAAUCGCCCAAACCUGGGUUCUAUUUUUUCUAAGCUGGCCGUCUCAACGAUUGGCUGAUGAAAGUACUCGAAUAAGCGAAACCACGACUAGAUCCAAGUGGUACCUGACUUCUUUGAGGUCACGAAAACUUCUCCAAUUAUUUAUUCUGAGGAGUUCUGUUCCCUGUCAAUUGACCGCCGGGAGUUUUUACAUCUUAAACAUGCAGAACUUCAGCUCAGUUGUCCGGACUUCAGUCUCAUACUUUAUGGUUUUAUGUUCAAUGCAGUAA